AGAAAGCGCUCCUGGAGUCCGUACUCUUCUGUUUGCUCUCAUAUUCCCUCUCUUUCUCCUCCCUGCAUGUGAUGCUGUCUGCCCACCCACUCCUAAAGGGGGAGAGAGGGAGAGAGAGAGAGAGGAGAGACAUCGAGCAGCACAGAGAGCCAGUCUGUUUUCAGCUCCCAGUUCACUGUAGCUCCUCUGCCAGACAGCACUCAACCAUCCACCAUCACACACUCUCAAACACAUUCACCCUCACUACACGACAGCUGACAACACCUUUUAAUUUUUUUCAGCAGCAGCAGCAAAGACUCACACAGCCAGAUCCAAAAGAGAAGAAAAAAACCCAGACGAUUUGUACGGCAGACACACCAGCUCUGAGGAGGCUGGGUCGAGGCUGGAGAGGGUGACUCGAGAAUGGAAUGGAACCUCAGAAGGAUGGAAAGUGAACUGAGGCACAUCAACCCGGACCUGCUGCAGCCCAGCAAGAGCUUCAAGAAGCCGUCUUCAGGCACCAUCACCCUCAACGUAGGGGGGUUCCUGUACACGGCCCACCGGACCACCCUUGCCAAGCACCAGGGUUCCUUUCUGGAAGAGCUGGCCAACGGUAAGAAGCCGGUUCAGCACACCGAUUCCAUGGGCAACCCGUUCAUCGAUAGAGAUGGUCCAGUUUUUCGCCAUGUGCUUAACUACCUCCGAACCGGAGAGCUCCAGCUGCCGGACGACUUCCGGGAGGCAGGGCUCCUGCGACGGGAGGCCGAUUUUUACCGUCUGAGUGAACUGGUGGAAGCCGUGGUCGAGUGGGAAAGUCAGAGGGCGGCCCAGCGGGAGGCCGCCUUUUUGGAGGUGACAGAUAGCCAUGAGAGGUCGCAGGGCCUCAAGGUGUACUGCAGCGACCACGCCUUCAUCGAGAAGGUAAAAGGGCGGCUGGUGCAGAUCUCCAAGAGCCGCCUGGACGGCUUUCCGGAAGAAUUUGUGGUGUCGUCCAAUGUGAUCCAAUUCCGACACUUCAUCAAGUCUGAGCCGGGCUCGCGGCUCGUACUCAAGGAGGACAGCACAUUCUUGUGCACACUUGACUGUUUGAAACUAGAGACGGUGAUGCUAGCACUGAGAUCAGGCUUCAAGCUGAUCACCAGCCUCGACAGCAGCAAAGGCUCCGUGGUGGCGGCUGAGGCCCUGCACUUUGUCAAGUAGGAUGGAGGGAAACAGAGGGAAGAGAGAGGGGGAGAGGGGGAGGCAGAGAGGGAAAAGAGUAGUGCCUGAUUCCAUAUCCACCCUGCUAACGUAAGGUAUUGGCUUGAAGAUCUUGUAUGUGCUGAGCUGUAAUAUGCUAUUGGGUGGGAGAAGGAGAACGGGUGGGUUGGACUGUCUCACGGAACAGUGUUUAUAUCUUUACUGCACAAUGCUGACUUAAAAACACAGGAUUUGAUAAAUUUGGGGCAACAUUGGGUGAGUCAACCAUUAUCAGCAGAAUGGCAUUUUGGCAUCAACCUUUACACUGCUUUGUAAGCUAGUAUUUGUAAAAUUCAGAAUGAUCCAGAUCAACUUAGCAUUUAUGAUUUUAGAAAUUGCAUUUUAUUAGACAUCACACAAAAAGUACCACUCUGUAAUAUGAAGACAAGCCAACAGUGAAUCCUUCCAUAGAGAAGACGAAGGGAUCAAAGUGAGAUUCUGAAAGACAGCUUUAUCAGUGGAUUUGUCUCUGCACAAGAACUGCUUCUGCUGCUUUGUCAACGGUUGCAAAAGCCUUCAAAACCAGCCGUGACGUGCACUGUUUUGCCACUCAGCUUUUACUACAGUCUGUGUGUGCGUGUGUGUGUUGCUAUACACUGUGUGUGCUGUGUUUAGUUGGUUCAAUAGCUUGUGUUUAGUUUAUUAGCCUCUCUGGAGCCUGAAGGGUAAACCGCAUCGCAUUAACGUUGUUUUGGAUGGACUAACAAACUUCACAUCCAAAUCAGACUGAAGCAACAUGAAGUGUUUCUCAGAUCAAGUCGACAAGUUGAGUUUUAGUGCAAAGAACCGUGAUUAUUGUAAGGGCUUUGAAUCUAGCAUGAUGCAUGUGCACUAAAUAAACUGUGUUUGUUAGUGCUGUGAGCCUCUGUGAAGUCACAACAAUGCCUAUUACUUUUCAAUGUGAUAAUUUUACAAAUAAAAGUGACACUGAAACUA